AUGGAGGGCAUGAUCUGCAGACCAGCAGCAUCCUGCAAAGACAACAAAGAAAACAAGAGAACCGACAGAACUCACCCCCCAUACCACGCACCAGCACCUGACGUCACGCGCACUCGACCUCCCUUCCGCGCGGAGUUUUUGCCUCGCGCCCAUGGGCCUUUAGUCAUUGUCCACCUUAUGUUCUCCAACGCCCCUGAGGCCGCCCGUUCCCGCCGAAAACUAAACCCACCUGCACAUGCACACGCCCGCGUCCCUUCCGACACCUUCGGCAUGACUUCCCCGGCAGGGCAAGGGCGGGUCAACCAGCUCGGGGGCGUGUACAUCAACGGACGUCCUCUGCCCAACCACAUAAGGCUCAAGAUCGUUGAAAUGGCCGCCGCCGGGAUACGCCCCUGCGUCAUCUCCCGCCAGCUGAGGGUCUCCCACGGCUGUGUGUCUAAGAUCCUAAACAGAUACCAGGAGACUGGCUCGAUCCGCCCGGGGGUCAUCGGCGGAUCCAAGCCCCGUGUGGCCACCCCGGAGAUCGAGAGGAAGAUCGCCGACUACAAGAAAGAGAAUCCGGGAGUCUUCUCUUGGGAGAUUCGUGAUAGGCUCAUCAAAGACGGCUUGUGCGACCGAAACACGGCGCCGUCCGUCUCCGCGAUCUCCCGGCUUCUUCGAGGGAAGGACGAGGACGAGGAUCCAAAGAAAAGCAAAGAGGGUGAUUAUACUGUCAAACAAACCUGUUCGGGCUCUGACGUCGAGGAUGGUUCCGAGGAUGAGGACGACCCUCAGAUGAUGCUCAAGCGAAAGCAGAGGCGCUCAAGGACGACUUUCACUGCCCAUCAGUUGGACGAACUCGAGAAGGCUUUCGAGAGGACACAGUAUCCUGACAUAUACACGCGUGAAGAAUUAGCGCAAAGAACUAAACUCACUGAGGCUCGGAUCCAGGUGUGGUUCAGCAACCGGCGGGCGAGGCUCAGGAAGCAGAUGGCGUCCGGAAGUAUCACAAAUUUCAACGCGAUGGGCCUCCCGAUGUCUUAUCCGUCGGCGCCGUCCUCGUACAUGUUCCAAGGCUUCUCCGACCACGGCUCCAGCUUCUCCUCGCAGUCACAAGACCCCAGCGGGCUGUACCAGGGGGGUACCGGAGGCCUUCACCAGGGUGCCUUGGCGACGGAGGCGCGGGCGGCCAACAUGAGCGCCGCCGCCGCAGCCGCCGCCGCAUCUUCGUACCCGUCCAUGAGUGCCGCGCUUUCUUCGUGCACUAACUCUGCAUUUAUAUCUUCUCAAACGUCCGGCGGCAUGUGCGGCGCCCAGGGUACUGGCGGGGCAUCUUCAGGGGUCAGUUCAACCCUCACUUCCGGCAACCCCGCAUCGUGGGCCUCUAAUCAGCUGCCGUGGCUAUUGGGCGGGCACGCAGGAGUAAUUCUGAGUUUCGAAAGUUCAGAGUCCAGCACACAUAUAUUCCUCGCCUUCAAGUUUCAUGCUGGAGACCACAUCCUGAAUUCCAGUCCAGAUACCGUCGUCAACCCAUUUGAACCGCGAGCAACAAUACUUCAGGUUUAA